AUGACGAGCGAUAAACCAUAUAAACCUGCUCUUAUUAUAGUCGACUUUCAAGAAGACUUCUGCCCGCCUUCCGGCUCCCUCGCCGUCCCUUCAGGCCGCACAAUCGCCUCCCCAAUAAACCACCUAACAACCCUCCCCUUCCCCCUCAUCCUCGCAACAAAAGACUUCCACCCACCCUCCCACAUAUCCUUCGCCUCAAACCACCCCUCCUCAACACCAUACACAUCAACCACCGAAAUCCAGCACCCUCACGAUCCUUCCCGGAGCUACACAACAACCUUAUGGCCAACACACUGCGUCCAAGGCACACCGGGGUGUGAGCUUGUACCGGAGCUGGAUGUCUCUCGCGUUCAUGCUGUUAUUGAAAAGGGCCAGGAUGAGCACGUGGAAAUGUAUAGUGCGUUUUAUGAUCCGUUUAGGGUGAGUGACAGUGGACUCGCGGGAAUGUUGAGUGAACAGGGUGUUACCGAUGUUUUUGUGGUUGGGUUGGCAGCGGAUUUUUGUGUCAAAGCUACGGCGGAAGAUGCGUUGCAGGAGGGCUAUACGACAUGGAUUGUAAACGAAGGGACAAAGCCAGUCAUGCCUGAUAAGUGGGAGGAGUGCAAGAAGGAUAUGGAGGAGAAGGGUAUCAACUUCACGUUCCUUGAUGGAGAUGCAGUGGCGAGAGUACAGACAUAUGCAUGA